CGUCGCAUGAUUGGCUAUUUGUCUCAUUACAUUCCGGUGGCAGUUCAUGUCUUUUAUUGGUGUUUCCUGAUAGUAAAGUGAAUAAAAUGCCAGUUGGGAUUUCAUUAUUUUACGGCUUCCUGAACUGGUGCCACUGUCUGUUUAUUUUGAAAGGUUAAACCGGAAAUUGCCUCUCCUACACGCUGUCAGCCUUGACACGCACUGUUGCUUAGUGUAGAAAACCUGGAGCUGCCGUGUGAGCGCUCUCACACUGAGUGAAGUGAUGGGAGUCUACUGUGUUCCUGCGUUGGCUGCUGCUGCUGAAGAAAUGCUGCCAAUAAAUGUUUAGUGAUUUUUUUCUAGUUGAAAAUUAAACUAUUUUAAAUAUUUUUUUCUGAUGUACACGUCGUAGUGAACCAGGAGGUGCUGGAGGAGGUUUAGUGUCCCAGUUGACUAAUUCAUGUUUGGGAAAUUACGCACGGACGGCGCAGCACAGAGCCAUGGCACAGGAGUGAGGCGCCUUCGCCAAAAUGCCAGCUGACUGGAAUAUAACUUUCCCACGGCGGUCCUAUGGAAUAUAGUCCGAUUUUACACAGCAUACAUGUUGUGCCAUCAUCCCACGUGAAAAACAGACACUUUGUCUUCUGCAUCAUGCUGUCCCUGUGGGUCUACAUGAUCUACUGCUGUGUGGACUACUGCUCGACGGCGACGAACGUGACCUUCCGCUCCGUGAGUAAAGCCGAGGGCGAGCCAGAAGUUGAUAACCAGGGCUCCUCUUUAGGAGCGCCCAGGGACUUGCUGAAUAACGAGAACGACUUGGACAGCAGAGGAGACGAGUGGGAUGAGGUCAGGGGUGAGGCCAGGGUGUUGGAUGAUAACUCCCUGUCAGGUUCCCUCAACGAGUCGGAGAGUAAAAAGCUGCCACAGGCGAUCAUCAUCGGGGUGAAGAAGGGAGGAACCCGGGCGCUGCUGGAGUUUCUGCGCCUGCAUCCGGACAUCAGAGCCGUGGGAGCAGAGCCGCAUUUCUUCGACCGCAACUACGACAAAGGGCUGGAGUGGUACAGAGAACUGAUGCCAAAGUCGUCGGAGGGCCAGCUGACCAUGGAGAAGACCCCCAGCUAUUAUGUAACCAAGGAAGUCCCUGCUCGGAUAUACACUAUGUCUAAAGACACAAAGCUGAUUGUGGUGGUGCGGGAUCCCAUCACACGAGCCAUCUCAGAUUACACCCAGACUCGCUCCAAGAAGCCCGACAUUCCCUCCUUCGAGAGCCUGACCUUUAAGAACGUGUCAGCAGGUCUGAUCGACACCACGUGGAGCGCCGUUCAAAUUGGCAUGUACGCCAAGCACCUGGAGCGCUGGCUACAGUUCUUUCCUAUGGAGCAGCUGCUGUUUGUGAGUGGAGAGCGAUUGAUAAGCGACCCUGCUGGGGAGAUGGCUCGAGUUCAGGACUUUCUCGGGCUGCGCAGGGUAGUGACGGAGAGGCAUUUUCACUUCAACCCCGCAAAAGGCUUCCCGUGCCUUAAGAGGCCCGAGGCCAACAGCAAACCACACUGUCUGGGCAAAACCAAAGGCAGGACUCAUCCUAAUAUUGACCCAGAGGUGGUCCAGAAACUGAGGGACUUUUACAAACCCUUUAACAGUAAAUUUUACAAGAUGACUGGUCAUGACUUUGGCUGGGACUGAAAUAAGAGACUGAAACGACAGAUUCACGCUGGUUCCUUUAGUGUUUUUUAAACCAUGCUGGAGACAUUGUUAUUUAGUGUAUAUGCAGUAUUUGGUGGAUAUGUAAAAAGUCAGAUGUCUAUUUUAUGAUAAUUUAUUGUUGACUCACUAAGCUGCCUAACCAGGUUUACUUCAGAUUAUUUCAAAUAUUUCAUUUCGUUUCCAUUUCCAGUCUUUUUUCAAAGCACAAUAUUUUUUACGGGUAUUUCAAGCAGGGUCAGUUUUAACCCCCUACCAUUUUAAAAUGCAAUAUUUUGGCUUCACUCUAUGAUGUUUUAAUGUAGAUGUGACCUUUCCUCCACCUGAAAACUGAUAAAGAUCCAACCUCCCCAACAUCUGUAAUAUCCCUUUAACAUCUGCCUGACCCUCACAGGUCUGUGGAGCCACUUAGUCAGGUCAAUACGGGCCACAGCUGAUCCAGUGGCUCUUGCCAGGUGGAUCAAUACGGUAAUAGCUCCUAAUCAUGUCAGUUAGACCUGAGUGAUGGCACGCCUGGAUCUCUGCAGCACUGCAAUAAAACACAGGUCCAUUGAUCACGUGCAGUUUUGUGUCUGACCCUUAAGCCAACCUCAAGUUAAUUUCAUAAUAUACGGUAAAUUUCCACUGCAGUGUUUUGACCCGACCGCUAUUUAUACUGCUUCUACAAAGGAAUGUUGGUUGGAAUCCAAUAGAGUCUCCUGUCACGAUGAGUUCUUUGGAUGGUUCUUAUCCUUUUCCCCCCAAAUCCCAGCUUCACAAUGUCUAAUUAUUCACUGCCCUUGUGCAAGGCAACAGUUCCCAUGUCAGACUGAAACAGCACACACACACAGAGUGUGUGUGAUUCUGUGCAGUCGUUGACACUAGAUCUGUAAAUGAUACACGACAAUUUGCAUAAAUCCAAUGCAUUUUAAGUUGAGUUCAAACCAACAUUCCUUCACUUGGUUCAAGUCUUUACUUUUAGGUUUUAAACGGGGUUGAGUUUUAUUCAACCUUCGUGUCAGCUUUUUCAGCAGAGGUCAUUUUUUUUAAUGGCCCUGUUGUGGAAGCGGCUCUACUAUGCUGUACAUGUUGCUUUACGAACAUGAAUCCAAAACAGGUUAGACUGAAAAAGGUGUAGUUCUGUCAUUUUUUUAAUGGUGCAAGAAAUAAAUGCUUUAUCAAAUCUUA